AUAGUUUGUUUUUAGUUGUAAACGAUUUGUUUUAAAGAAAACAUUAAACGUUUUUAACGAAAUGCGCUAUUUGUACGGUGAUUCAGAUGAAAAAUUUAUCAAGUCGCCGGCCGCAAAACGAAGAGAUAGAAAUCCGUUGGGAUAUUUUAAGUUUCGUUUAAAUCCAAUUAUUGAAGGUAAAACCGAUGACUUUGAUAGGACAGAUGUGCCCAUUGUAUUUAAAAGCACGCCAGAUACGCUUUUGAACCUUUGCGUUAAAGUGGUGGAUGCCAUGCCCUUACCCAUGGUUUAUAACUGGACUAUAGAGGAUAUUUGUAAAUGGUUGAGAGCACGUGGUUAUAAACAAUAUCAGAAUACCUUUCGUGCAAAUCUUAUCACCGGACACAAUCUACUGCUAUUAGAUGCCUCAGCCCUCUCCGCCAUGAAUAUUAAAGAUUUCGAUCACAUCAAAGAUAUAACACGAGGCAUACGCACUCUAUUUUAUUUUGAAAUGACCAAAUUCGGACGCAGUCUUACUCUCUAUCCGGAAUUUCAUAAUGAAUUAUACAAACUAUUUCGCCUUAAAACGGGAGGAAAAUACGAAGAUGUACGACGUUCGGAUUUAUGGCGUAAAAUGCAAUUGAUUAGACAAAAAGAACCAAACUAUUCACAUUGGGAGUUGUUAGAACGUUGGUUCGGGUUCGAAAAAUAUCCAAAAUAUACGGAACUAUUUGGAAAUGUACCUCGUUCCAAGUUAUAUACGUGUAAGUUUAAGCCAUCUACCACCGCAGUGACGAUUAAACGUUCUCAACGUUGCUUAUGUUUACCACCCUGUGAAUGUUAUUGGAGUGAUUCGGAUCGUCGUCCACCAUGGCGUUUUAAGUGUUUGCCACAUUUAGCACCAGACUCGGAAUUCGUCGAAAUUUGUCGUAAUUGCAUACCGCCAUGUACUUGCCGUUGGUCUUCUAGGAAAUAUUUAACGCGUGGAGUUUUAACCUGUCUACAGACGGCAUUUCCUCAGAAAUAUGGUGGACUUCAGGGUCAAAAUCGUUAUCGUAGAUUUGAUCAAUUCUCUUCGUAUCGUCUAUCGCUUUUUUAGUUAACUAUCAAGAUCAACUAAUGUAAUUUGUCUUGUUUUAUUUUAUUGUGUAUAAAUUUUGGUA